CCAGACUCUUAGACAUUUAGUUCCUGUUGGUGAAGCGAAGUGUAAACAUCGAAGGAAAAGACUGAGGUUGUAGCCCAGAAGAAGACAAGUAUGAUUUAGAAGAUAAGGCUAACGAAUGGUAACAUUUCUGACCAACUAUGGCAGAGAAAGGUGAUCCGAAAGGCUGGGUGGAAGGCUUAGAAGAUGAUGAAGUCAAUGAAGGAAGCAAGAAGAGUUUUCGAGAUGCUUCUAGAAGGGUUUUGCAGCAACAAAAAGCCUUGCAGGUUUAUGACGAUCACGGACCCAUUGUUAUGAUGCCUCAGGAAUCCAAGAAAUGGUCCACUCUCAUUGAUGACACUAUAGUUGGUGUGUCAGCUGCCUCUGUUAAACGCAUGAAGAGAUCUGUUACUCCAGAGAGGGAGGAAAGACAGAGGAGGGCACGAUCUAUACCAACUGCUUUCAGUCAGGAAACUUUACAGAGAGCUUUUCCAUCUAGAGACCCUGAGAGAGAAGAAAGUCCAUCCUCAUCUGAGGACCUCUCUGAACAAGAAAACUCCCCUCUACCUGAAGGCCUAUAUGAAGAAGAACAUAUACCUCCGCCAGACAUAAGUCACCCAGAUACCCUUCCUGAUUAUGAUUUGCCUAUGUCUCCACCACCAGCUUAUGUGGAAAUAGAAAAUAAAGCACAGCUUGCCACAGGAUAUCGACCAAUAUUUGACCCAAAACAUCGGCCCCAGAGGAAACAAUUAUAUCAGGAAUCUGUUGUGCCGAAGGAGGAGGUGGAACUGAUACUUGUUGCCCCUGUUGAUUCAAGGCUACAAAUGCAUCCUAGAAGAUUAUCCUACCAUGAAGAAGCCCCGAUUGACGAGGGGCCUACCAGGGAGGUAUACAGGGAGGCCUCACUGGGAGCAGUUGCAAGUCUGGAUCCAAAACCUGAACACACUUUGCCAGUGGUGUUGCCUGACAUUUAUAAUGAUGAACUCCCACCAGGAGUGGAGGACAAACAACAUACACUGCAACCUCUGUCAAUAGAAACAACACGACCUGACAGGGAUGUGGAGUCAGGAAGGAGAAGGGAAAGGAAAAGUGAGACAUAUGAGUGUACAUCCUGUGGCGAUUGGAAUCCAAUGUUUACCAGUAUUGGUCGCUUCUUUUUACGGCGGAAGGAAAGCAUAAGUGAUGCAUCUGCACCUCGUUUGCUGCUAAUUAUUGGGGCCAUUAUAGGAAUCCUUGGGCUCAUUGUAUUCUUGGGUGUGUUCCCUAACAGCUUUGUGUAUGUGGAACACUAUGAGAUUGCUUUGCUAAAGAACACAUUUACCGGAGCUGUGUACCGGGAUACAACAUAUCAUCCUGGUUGCUAUGUGCUUGGGCCUGAGAGAGAAUUUGUCAAGUUUCCAGGGUCAGCAAUAUUUGUAUCACUGACAGAGGCUGUCUUCACCAGCGAUAAACUGGAAAUCACUAUAACGUUUCACUUCCAGUAUUACCUUAGACCAUCAGAGCUUGGAGAAUUACACAGGAAGUUUGGCCUUGGCUACCAGAAUAUUAUUGAGAGUGUUGUUAAGAGUCGUGUGAAAAAUUCUGCAAUCGACCUCAGCCUUGAUGAUUUUCGCUUCAACAGGACAAUGGUGGAAAGAAAAUUCUUCAAUGUCAUCCAAUCCCGUCUUCAGGGAACCUGCUGUCCAGACUGUUGUCCGAGCUGUUCCAAUACGACUGUGUGUAAUGUCUGCGACACGACCGCUAUGUGUGAUCCUAUCUACCAUGUCGACAUCCGCUACUUUCAGAUGGCAACCGUGGUUAUUGCUAAUGAUGUGUCCGAGAGAUAUCUCAAAUCCUUGCUUCUCAAGGUGACAGCUGAAGCAGAAUUCUUUAAACAGAACCACACAGUUAUAGAGAAACAGACUGAGCAAAUGAUUGAACAAAGAAAAAAUGACGCCAAUGAGUUGAUAAAGGCUGGUGAAGCUGAAGGAGCAGCCACCAUGUUAGUAGCCGAGGGGAGGAGGGAGGCAAACAUAACUACUGGUUACGCUGUUGCUCUGUGGACGAUGUACAACAAACUAGGCAUCACAAGCAUGGAUCACAAACUCUCCCUGAUGAUGGUGCGAGCCCUGGAGGAUGUCAGUGUCAAGGGCAAUUUGUAUCGCGGUUAUAACUAUGCCAAUCAAACAAUGGUGAACAUGGGUAGUGGGUAAUAUAUUACAGGAAUUUACAGAUUAAACAAUCCCAACAUACAACAACUUACAUAUAAUAAUAAAGAAAGACUUAUACUGUUUGGAUGAAGUUAUUUAUAGCAUAACGACUACAGGGUAACUAUAGAGUCAAAGGUAUUUGGUCUAAGGGCUAUCUUCUUCUGCAUCUUCCUCUUCUUACUGCCACUAGAGUUUCCAGUGUUUUUCUCAGAAACUACUAGACAGAUCAUCAUGAAACUACACAGACACACUAGAUGAGGGGUCCUUAUGAGCACAAGUCUAUUUUUACCUAGAAAUCCAAUAUAGCUGCUGGAGCCUCGAUUCUGGUUUGGGAGGCCAUGGGCUAUAAUGACUGUUCUUGAGAACUGAUUUUGAUCAAACUUGUUUUAAUAUGUUUGAAGAGAUAUUGCCUAUUAAAUGCAGUUAAAACUUUAACGAAAUUUGCCAUAAUGGAGGUUUCCAAUUUUCAAAUUUUGUUUGUUGUCAGAUUUAGAUGAAAUUGAUGCGUAGCAGCUCUGAGGAAUGAUGAACACAAUAUUAAACAAUCAAAGUACUGGAUAGUCUGACUUUGAUAAAAUUUGGUAUGCAGGUGUAAUAUGGCACUGCAAACAACACUGCAACUUCUAUUUCUGGAUUUUAAAAAGAGGCUGCCAUUAUCUUGGUUGUCAUGGUAAUGAAAUGGAUGCAUCUGACUGGUCAAAAUUUAGAUGAUGUAUGCUUUUAGUGAAAAUUGUCUCACACGGGUUUGGAUGGAUACUGAAUACAAUGGCAGCAGUUUUGAAAAGCUUGGUUACUAUGGUAAUGAAAUGAAUGCCUCUGAUUGGUUUAGAUGCAGGUAUUGUCUGAUUUUGAUGAAAUCUGGUAUAUAGAUUUGAUUUAUGAUGCUACAAACAUGAAUGUGACAUCCAUUUCUGGAUUUUAGAUAAUGGACUUCAUUUCCUGGGUUUGUUGUUCGUUUAUGCGGACAAACCGGUUCGUCAGUUUUUAAAUGUGAUAUUUCAAACAUAUAUCUUGACGGACCUGUGAAUGUCAAUACAGUCCUUGGAAGUCUUUGUCAAGACUCGUCUGAAAACAUUAUGAAAUUACCAGGUCCGUCUUUAUUUCACAAAUGAACAACACCGGUCCAACUGGUCCAACCAUAGACCACAAAAACGAAAGCAGCCCUGGUUUCUGAUUGAUUAUGUUCAAUUUUAAGAAUGUGAUGGUUUAAGGUAUUGUUGCUGUGGAAAUUGGCCUAUAAUCUUAUGUCAAAUAAGCAUUCAAUGUAUUUCUUCUUUUUCAUAACUGUAACAUGUAAAAAGAAUUUGAAAUCGCCAAGAAAAUUGUCUUGAAUUCGUUUUAUGUAGUACCAUAUUGUGUAUUACAGUAAAGUCCGGCCAUUAUGGUAUAUAACCUUAAAGUCCAUGCUAGUGAUGGAAGUAUUGAGAGAUUCUGAUAAAAAAAUAAAGUACAGGCUGUAAGUAUUUUUUGGGCCGUAGUACCUAACAUGUCACUUACAACUCCCACCACCAAAACACUGCAUAAUAUUUUGUGUUAUUAAAGUUUUUUUUUAUUAACCUAGUAUACCUAUUGUUUAGCUAUUAUAAAUUAUAUUUACAUGACAAUUGUAUGUGUUUAAAUAUACCUCCUUAAUGUUGAUAUAACAAAUUGAGUUGGUCAGUUCUCUAAUUUAUUAUUUCAGAUUUUGUUGUUUCAGUUAAAAAAAUACAUAUGAUAUAUAGUGGUGAAAAUCGGGACUUGAAAUUUACUUCAUUGUUACCGAAUUUUUGUUGUUCUCGACUUUGUGAUUUUGUUAGUCGACUUUAUAUAUACAAAGUAUGACUGUAUACAGAGGAUAUCUAACAGUGUCUUCAGUAAUACCAAAUAUAUGUCUUGAGUGGGGCUAAUAUUUUGAUAUUUUUCAUGAGUGCGCAACACAUGUGAAAAAUACCAAAAUAUUAGCUACACAAGUGAAAUAUAGAGUGAAGGAUUUUCCAUAUUUCACUGGUAAGAAUGUAUUAAAAACAAAAUAUUUGUUGUAUGUAUAUGAAAUGUCAAUAUGUCCAAAUUUUGAAUUUUUAUUACACAAUCUAUUGUGAUUUUUUUAUGUCAAUAACAGAUAUGAAAUGUCAAUAUGUCCAAAUUUUGUAUUUUUAUUACACAUUUGGUCGAUUUAAUACCACCCAGUACUUUACACUUAGGUGAAUAUGGUUUGGAAGGAAAUUUUUCAAAGCAAAAUAUUUUCAUAGAAAAGAUGUAAUCACCAAUUGCAUUUAAAUGAUAUAACAUAUUUUUGUUUAGAAGGCAUGUCUCCUUACUCCAAUCAUUAGGAUAUUCUGUAAUAUUCAUUAGUUGUAUUAGAUAAACAUGUUUACAAAAGUGAUUUCAUCUAAAAAAAAAAAAAAAGACAGAUAGGAAAAUUUAUUUUGUAUUUAUUCAGUAUUUAAAAAUGAUAUAUUUGUGAGGAUCUAAUUGAAACGAGCAGAAUAAGCCAGAAAGCCACUCUAUCUGGAAAUACCAGAAUGUUUUUGGUUUUUUUUCAUCUGAAAAAAUGUUCUUGCUUUAUAAGAUAUUCAGCUAUUGAUUUAAGUUCUUUAACAAGACCAGUUAUUCUUUGUAAAAGCCAUAGUUUUAAUUUUGUGUAAUACAUUCAUUUUAAAACUGUUAUAUGAUUGAAACUGUAACAUUUACAAAAAUGGAUUGCAUCCAUUUCCCUUGGAGUCCCAACAUUUAAGAUGGAUACUGAUUCAGUACUUGACAGUUCCAAUUAACUUUAGUAUUUUGUAUUUAUUGAUAACAAAUACCUGCAUUUCCCAAAGGACAAGUUGGCUUAUGCUGUGGUGUGGCGUCUGUCGUCUGUUAUUCUAGAGACUUGAUUAUGGGCCUGUAGCAUGCUGGGAUGAAUUAAGGGCUACCAAGUUUGCGUUCCAAGUUCAUAGGGUCAAAAUGCAAAAACACUUCUUAUUCCAAAAGGCCCAGAGAUAUGAUAUUGGGCAUGCUUGGGUGAAGGGCUACCAAAUUUGUUCAAGUGAAUGACCUUGUCCCACUUUCAAGUUCACAGCAGUGAAUUAUUCUAAAAUCUUUGAUCACGACUACUUAUACUCUUAAUUUGAGUAAUGAGUUAAUUACCUUAGCAAUCUGCAUCAACAACCCAAAUCGACUUCAAAGUUGUAUUAGAAUUAUUUGAGCGAUACAGGCCUAUUGGGUCUCCUAUGCAUUGUACUUUUGUAUAUUAUACACCAUUGAAAAAUAAAAAAAAAAAUCAUUCUGCUGUUA